AUGUUAACCAAAUUCGAGACAAAGUCGGCUCGAGUGAAGGGAGUGGCCUUUCAUCCGAAGAGGCCCUGGGUUUUGGCCAGUCUUCACAACGGACUCAUCCAGUUGUGGGACUACAGGGUCUGCACUCUCAUCGACAAGUUUGAUGAACACGAGGGACCCGUUAGGGGUGUCUUCUUCCACAACCAACAGCCACUCUUCGUGUCCGGCGGCGACGACUACAAGAUUAAGGUAACAGGAGGCCCUGAGAUGGGCUCAACCAUUUCUGGUGACAAUCACUACAACUGUCUCUUCGUGUUGUGUCUUCAGGUGUGGAACUAUAAGUCCCGGCGCUGUAUAUUCACACUCUUGGGUCACUUGGACUACAUCCGGACGGCGUGUUUCCAUCACGAGUACCCGUGGAUCCUGAGCUGUUCCGACGACCAGACGAUCCGCAUCUGGAACUGGCAGUCGAGGACCUGUAUCUGUGUGCUCACCGGACACAACCACUAUGUGAUGAGCGCUCUGUUUCAUCCGAGCGAUGAUUUAGUGGUGUCCGCGUCUUUGGACCAAACGGUGAGAGUUUGGGACAUCUCUGGUCUCCGCAAGAAGAAUGUGUCGCCCGGACCGGGAGGACUGGACGAUCACAUGCGAAACCCCGGCCACACAGACCUGUUUGGCUCGUCGGACGCCAUCGUGAAGCACGUGUUGGAGGGACACGACAGGGGUGUCAAUUGGGCCGCAUUUCACCACUCGAUGCCACUGAUCGUCUCGGGCGCCGACGACCGCAUGAUUAAGUUGUGGCGAAUGAACGACUCGAAGGCCUGGGAAGUGGACACCUGUCGCGGCCAUUACAACAACGUCUCGUGCGCUGUAUUUCACCCGAAACAGGAUCUAAUCCUUAGUAACUCCGAGGAUAAGAGCAUAAGAGUGUGGGACCUGACGAAGAGGACGUGUCUGAACACAUUCAGGCGAGAGAACGACCGCUUCUGGAUUAUGGUGGCCCACCCGACGCAGAACCUGUUCGCCGCCGGACACGACGGAGGGAUGAUUGUCUUCAAACUCGAGAGGGAGAGACCGGCGUUUGCCAUUCAAAACAAUCUUCUCUAUUACGUUAAGGAGAACUUCUUGCGUCGAUUGGACUUCACGACAGCCAAAGACAUACCAUUAAUGCAAUUACGAAAUCGCGGCCGAAAUCCUGUCCAUUCUCUGUGUUAUAAUCUGGCGGCCAAUGCCGUACUCCUCACCACAAGAACCGCUAACUUAGAUAAUAGUAUUUACGACUUAUAUGUCGUCCCGAAGGACAGCGACGGACACAAUCCGGAGUCCCCCGAAUCGAAACGAGCGUCGGGUUUGACUGCUGUGUGGAUAGCGAGGGAUAAGUUUGCAGUCUUAGACCGAACCCAUUCUAUUGUGGUUAAGAACCUGAAGAACGAAGUGACCAAAAAGCUAACGACUCCGCCGUGCGAUGAGAUCUUCUACGCGGGCACUCGUAUGCUGUUAUUGCGUGAUGUGGACGGUCUGGUGCUGUUUGACGUACAACAGGGCCGCUCAUUGGCCACCGUAAAGACACCGAAAGUGAAGUUUGUCGUCUGGAACAACGAGAUGACUCACGUGGCCGUCUUAAGCAAACACCAGAUCACGGUUUGCAACCGAAGAAUGGAUAUCUUGUGCUCAAUCACUGAGACCACGAAAGUGAAGUCCGGCGCGUGGGACGACUCCGGAGUCUUUAUAUACACGAUCUCUAAUCACAUUAAGUAUGCGCUAACUAAUGGCGAUUACGGUAUCAUCCGAACCCUGGAUCUGCCCAUUUAUAUCACGAGAAUCCGAAACAAUUCGGUCUAUUGUUUGGACAGAGAGGCCAAACCCAAAGUCAUGACUAUUGAUCCGACAGAAUAUCGAUUCAAACUGGCGUUAGUUAACCGCAAAUACGAUGAGGUGUUACUUAUGGUCAGAAAUGCCAAACUCGUCGGUCAGUCGAUCAUUGCUUACCUCCAGAAGAAGGGUUACCCUGAAGUGGCGCUUCAUUUCGUGAAAGACCAGAAGACCCGCUUUGCACUGGCCUUAGAGUGCGGUAACAUUGAGAUCGCAUUAGAGGCCGCCCGUAGUCUCGAUGACAAGACCUGUUGGGAGCGUUUGGCUGAAGCCGCUCUCCUUCAGGGCAACCAUCAAGUGGUGGAAAUGGCUUAUCAGAGGACCAAAAACUUUGACAAACUGUCGUUCCUGUAUGUCGUGACCGGAAAUUUGGAUAAAUUGAGAAAAAUGAUGAAAAUCGCUGAAAUACGUAAAGACACUUCCGGUCAGUUCCAGAUCGCGCUCUUCUUGGGUGACGUCGAAGAGAGGAUCAAAAUAUUGCGUAAUUGUGGCCAAACAUCAUUGGCAUACCUGUGCGCUGCCACUCAUGGACUCUACGAAGAGGCCGAUGAGCUGAAAGAAGCCUUUGGUUCAGAGAAACCACUGCCCACUCCCGACCCAAAUGCUGUUCUCCUACAACCUCCCCCUCCCAUCGCUCCGUGUGAAGAGAAUUGGCCGCUUCUGACGGUCUCCCGCGGCUUCUUUGAGGGUGCGAUGGCUGCCCUCAAAGGCAAGACUGACAUCACUUCUGCCACUGAUAUCAUUGCUGACGACGAGGAAGCCGUUGGAUGGGAUGAUGAGGAAGGCCUUGACUUGGAUGAGGACGGAGUCGAAGGCAUGGAUAAAGGCGAGGACGAAGAAGGAGGAGAAGGCGCCGGUUGGGACGUAGAGGACGCCGAUUUGGAUUUGCCUGAAUUGGAGUCGAGUGCAGCCACCGGUGCCGCUGGGGAUGAGAAUUACUUUGUUCCUCCGUCUAAAGGCGUUCCUCCCACUCGUCAUUGGGUUAACAACUCUAAGCUGGCGGUCGACCACGUGUUGGCCGGUUCUUUCGAGUCGGCCUGUCGUCUACUUCACGAUCAGGUGGGUGCCGUGAACUUCGAGCCAUUGAAGCCGUUGAUUCUGACGAUAUAUUCGCGAUCGAAGACUGCAUACCAGGGAUUAUCAUAUCUCUCGACAUUGCAUUGCUAUCCACAGCGUAAUUGGCGCGACGCCGGACCUAAAGGCGGUUUGCCUGCCAUUGGGUGCAAACUUCCCGAUUUAAUACAGCGCUUACAGGCGUGCUAUCAGUUGACAACUGGCGGCAAAUUCCAAGAAGCGGUCGAGAAGUUUCGGGCACUCCUUCUGAAUGUACUGUUUUUGGUGGCAGACACGCGACAAGACAUCACAGAAGCGGAACAAUUGCUAGAAAUCUGUCGCGAAUACACUUUAGGUCUUAUGCUAGAGUUGGACCGAAAAGGGCAGCCAAAGGACACAUUGGAUCAACAGAAGAGGUUAUGCGAAAUGGCCGCCUAUUUCACUCAUUGCAAACUCCAACCAAUCCAUCAAAUUCUUACCUUAAGAACUGCUUUGAACUUAUUUUUUAAGCUUAAGAACUAUCAAUCGGCCGGUGCUUUCGCGCGAAGGCUAUUAGAGUUGGGGCCAAAGGCUGAUGUGGGCGCACAGACACGAAAGAUACUCCAGGCCUGCGAUAAGACACCGGUUGACGAACACAAACUCAAUUACGAUGAGCACAACCCCUUCGCCAUUUGCGCCGCCAGUUAUAGACCCAUAUAUAGGGGAAAGCCCGAAGAGAAGUGUCCCUUAUGUCAGGCCUCGUAUUUACCACAAUAUAAGGACACACUGUGUGUAGUCUGUAGUGUGGCUCAAGUGGGCAAAGACACCAUUGGUCUCAGACUCAGUCCUCUUCAGUUCAGAUAAACGGCCGUUUGGUUUGAAUUUAUAUUUUUAAUAUUUAUAUAUUUUUGGUUUAAUUACUGCUUAUUAUUAAUUACCAUUUUGUCAUUUAUUUAAACUUUAAUGUUUUAUUAUAAUAAAGAUUUACUAUUAAAU